AUGGGGAAGAAAUGGAUUUACCGCCUCAAGACAGAGGAUUUUGCCUACGUCGCAGAGAGGCUAAAUAUCGCUCUGGAAGGAAGAACAGACGACAAAAGGAAGGCAUUUUCAGAAUACUAUUCUGAGACGGAGAACGACCCGAAACUUGCCGGGAUCUGGGUCGAGCUGGAGGCAGCAUACCCCGAGGAAAUAGCCCCUAGCAUCACAUUGACUCCCGCGGAAGAGGAAGACCUAUUGGCAAGCCUGAGCAUCGACAAUAUGCAACAGGAGGCACAGAAGAGAGUGCCAAGUCCGCAGAAGAGAAAUACUGAGGGCGCACAGAAAACGGCAGCACCGGUACGGACUCCGACCUCGACACCCAGCCAGCCGGAUUAUGCAAAGGUUGCGAAACAAGUUCGCGAAUGGUCCUUUAAAUUCGACGGCAUAGAGAAACCGUUCGAGUUUCUGGAACAAGUAGAGUGGUCCGCAAACACAUACGGCCUGGAUUUGGAUAUGAUUCCCCGCGCCAUGCCAGAAUUACUGAAAGGGAGGGCAUUGAAGUGGUUCAUCUCCAACAACAAACAGUGGCAAACCUGGGCGGAAUUCAUCCAGAGCUUUAACACAUACUUCCUGCCGAGAGACUUUUUCUCCACACUUUCGGACAAAGUCAAGCAGAGGAAGCAAGGCUACGGGGAGGCGUUCAAGGACUACAUGAUCGACAUAAGGCCACUUAGUUAUUCGCCGACAGAAUCCCUCAACAUCAUCCGGCAGAACUGCACACCGAGCCUAAAGAUCGCCCUCAGAGCAUACACGGUGGCGGACCUGGAUACACUCAUGGACCUAGCCGACGAGUUUGAGGAACUGGAGAAGGAACGGGAGACAUUUGCCCAGGACAACAAAUUCGCCAGGGCAAAACCAGCAGCUCAGGCGCAAAUCACGUGCAGACGGUGCGAGGACACUGGCGACCAGGAAACCCAGGCAGCCAACAAACCCCUUGUGGAGGCCACCAAUCACAACGCAGAGACCACGGGAGAGCACCCACAUCACAGACCCCCAGGAGGCCUGCCGAAAGUGCGGCGGCCACGGGCACUGAGAACGCGGCUGUCGAAACCAGCGUUUGUUGUUCCGCUGGGUGUGCGGCAAAGUGGGUAUCAGGAGCGUCGAGUGCUGCCAAGGAGCGGGAAAUGGUCAGCGAUCUCAGCCGCAGAGAGGCGGGCGGGGAUCGCAAAAUGCUUCCUCUCCAAACUAACUGGCAAGCUGAUCGAGGAGGAGCAGCAGUUGUCCGCAGCGGUAACAAUUGGUGGAGGCACGUAUAAAGCCACAAUCGACACCGGGGCAACAGCGAGCUUCAUAAGCGAGGAACUGGCGGACAGUCUGGCUGCCCUUGGAAAGAUCACAAGAACAAGACGGCAAGUUAGGUUGGCAGACGGGAGAUGCGGCGGAAUCAAUGCACAGCUGGAGGUAGAAAUCGCAUUCGGAAAUAAGCGAUUGACCAUGAGCCUGCUGAUACUACCAGGGGUAGUGGAUUCGUUGGUGUUAGGAUGGAAUUUCCUCACGCAAGUCGGAACGGAGAUAAAGUGUGCUGGACACGAAAUAAAAAUACCAGCCAGAACCCGACACAAUGGGUGGCUCGAGGAAAAGCUAUCAGUGGCAGUCAUGCAAGAGACAACUGAGGACAACGACACAACGGAAUUCCUGGAGAAAGAGCUAGCGGACUUCAAUACCAUGACGGGAACAUCAAACAUGGCAGAGCACCAGAUCACGAUGAAGGACGACAAACCUAUCAAGCAGCGAUACUACCCCAAGAAUCCAAAAGUUCAAGGGGAAAUCAAUGCGAAGGUAGACGAGCUCCUUCAAAUGGGGUUCAUAGAGCAUUCAAAGAGCCAAUACAGCUCCCCCAUCGUGAUGGUGAGAAAGAAGACAGGCAAGUGGAGACUAUGCGUAGACUUCAGGCAGAUCAACGCGAAGUCUGUAAAGGACGCCUACCCCAUGCCCCGCAUAAACUACAUCCUAGAUCAGCUUAAAGAGGCGCGGUACAUAAGCAGCCUGGACCUGAAGGAUGGAUACUGGCAAAUCCCACUGGAAGAAAGCAGCAGGCAAUACACGGCUUUCACAGUGCCAGGCAAAGGGCUAUUCCAGUGGAGGGUAAUGCCAUUUGGUCUGCACUCGGCUUCUGCAACGUUCCAACGAGUUCUGGACCAAGUAAUCGGACCCGAAAUGUCACCGCAUGCAUUCGCCUACCAAGAUGACAUCAUAGUGAUCGGACGCACGCUGGAGGAACACACAGAAAACCUAAAAGAAGUGUUCCGACGCCUGAAGGAAGCAAACCUCAGGACUAACCCGGAAAAGUGUUAAUUUUUCAAGAAAGAGCUGCUGUACCUAGGACACCGAGUGACUAGCGAAGGAAUAGGUACAGAUCCGGAGAAAGUUGCGGCCAUCGCCGAACUGGAACCACCCUCAAUCGUCAAAGAACUUCGGCAAUACCUGGGAGUAGCGUCGUGGUACCGCCGAUUUGUGCCAGGUUUUGCCAAAAUAGUCAAACCAUUGAACGACUUGUUAUGCAAAGGCAGUAAAUGGGAAUGGACACAGGAGCACCAGAUGGCAUUUGAGGAAGUUAAGGCUAGACUUGUGGCAGAUCCGGUAUUAGCAUGCCCGGAUUUCAACAAAACGUUCACCCUGCAAACGGACGCCAGCGACUACGGCAUCGGAGCGAUAUUAACCCAAGACACGGAAAGAGGGGAGAAGGUCAUAUCCUAUUCAAGCCGGACGCUCAACGGCGCUGAGAAGAACUACUCAACGACAGAAAAGGAAUGCUUGGCAAUUGUCUGGGCGAUCCGAAAACUCAAGCCGUAUCUGGAAGGUUACCACUUUAAAGUAGUAACUGACCAUAUGGCUCUGAAGUGGCUCAACAGCAUAGAAAGCCCUUCAGGAAGGAUCGCCAGAUGGGCCCUGGAAUUGCAGCAGUACGACUUUGAGAUAGCGUACAGGAAGGGACAGCUGAACGUGGUGGCAGACGCUCUGUCAAGGCAGCCAUUGCCCGAAACGCACAGAGGCAUAAAAGAGACAUCGGCGGCAGAAGCUUCAGCAGCGUGCAGCUGGUUUCAAGAAAUGUGCGACAAAAUAAGGACCCAACCGCAAAAGUACCCGGACUACGUUAUGGAAGGCGAGAAUCUGUACAGGAGCAUACCGCAUAGAGCGGGCAGUGAGGACGUUGUCACAUGGAAGAUGUGUGUCCCGAGAGCCCUACGAGAAACAGUACUGAAGGAAAAUCACGACUCACCAGCAGCUGGACACGUAGGAAGCCGAAGGACAAUAGCACGUCUGGCAGCCCGAUACUACUGGCCUGGUAUGCAUAGAGACGCCAAAGCCCACGUAAGGAAAUGCGAAACCUGCAUGAGGUUCAAGCCGAAUCAACCCGCAAGAAAACCCGACGGAGCGAGCAAACAGGACGGUCAAAACGAUGAUUGCACAGUUCGCAGGACAAGAUCAGCGAACAUGGGACGAAAAGUGGCCUGA